UUAUGAGAUCAUAUCGUCAACACUCAACGCACAUUAUACAUACCAUACGACUCCAUGUGCUAGAUCUGCUUCUCCCAGCACAGCGAUCAUGUCGCUUUACCUUCACGCUGCUCCACUGCUGCACUCGCCUUCCGUCCGGCAGCUCCCUGCUCUUCGCCCCUCCACCACCACCCUCACGUGCCGCGCCGCCGCCGGGCCCUCGCCAGAGUCAAGGAGAUCAGCCAACUACCAGCCCAGCUUAUGGACUGACGACCACAUACAAGCACUCACCGCCAACUCUCCGGCGGUGGAGGAGCAGCAGCAGCAGCAGCCGCAGCGAAGCAGAAUGAGGUUGCUGAAGGAGAGAAUUAGGAAAGUGAUGUGGGAGGAAAAGGAGGUGGAGGAGCAGCUUCGGCUGAUCGACCAGCUGCAGCAGCUUGGAGUGGCUUACCAUUUCAGGAAGGAUAUUGCAGACUCUUUGACGGCUCUUCAUGCAUCGCUUGAAGACUUGAGUUGGAAGUUUGGGGAUAGCCUUCAUGCCUCUGCACUUCUCUUCAGGCUUCUCAGGCAAAAUAACUUGUCUAUUUCUCAAGAUAUUUUUGACAAAUUUAGAGAUGAGCGAGGCCAUUUCACAGAGUGUCUAAAGAGCGAUGUUGAAGGAAUGCUUGCCUUGUAUGAGGCUUCUUACUUUGCCAAAGAAGAAGAGGAGGUGCUGCAUGAGGCCACGGAGUUCACGAUUGAGCACCUCAAGGGUCUCUUGGAGAGUAGUAGGCUUGUUGAUGGAAUGGUCAGGGAGAAGGUGGGCCAUGCUUUGGAGCUUCCAUUGAAUUGGAGGAUGGAGAGAUGGCACACCAAGUGGUUCAUUGGAGUGUGCCAAAGAGAGGCCAUGAGCAUAAACCCUAAUCUACUUGAAUUUGCCAUUCUAGACUUCAAUGCACUUCAAAGCAUCUACAAAAAAGAACUCGGAGCAGUCUCUAGAUGGUGGACAGAGCUUGGACUCGCUGAGAAGCUUCCAUUUUCCAGAGACAGAUUGGCUGAGAGCUACCUGUGGACUGUGGGCUGGGCAUUUGAGCCUCAGUACUGGAGCUUCAGAGAGGCACAGACAAAAGGAGUAUGCUUUGUCACAAUGAUUGAUGAUGUUUAUGAUGUCUAUGGCACUUUGGAUGAGCUUCAACUCUUCACUCAUCUCAUUGAUAGAUGGGAUGUUAAUGCAAUUGACGAGCUUCCAGACUACAUGAAGAUCUUAUUUCUUGCCAUCUUUAACACAGUGAAUGAUGCUGCUUAUGAGAUCAUGAAACACAAGGGCUUCAAUGUGUUGCCUUACCUCAAGAGAGCAGUGAGCAAAUGGGUGGACUUGUGCAAAGCAUAUUUAGUGGAAGCCAAAUGGUACCACUCCGGCUACACACCAACACUCGAUGAAUACUUAGACAAUGCGUGGAUGUCGAUAUCGGUCCAUGUGACUCUCACUAGUGCUUACUGCAUGGCCGAAGAGUCAACUCAACGAGAAUUAAGUGGUUUUUCGUAUUACCCUGCCAUUGCAAAGCCCUCGUGCACGCUUGCUCGGCUAUAUGAUGAUAUAGCUACUUCGUCGGCUGAAAUUGAGAGAGGCGAUGUGCCAAAAUCUAUUCAGUGCUGCAUGCACGAGCGAGGUGUUUCGGAAGCUGUGGCUCGUCGACAAAUCAAGGAACUAAUCAAGGCCAAUUGGAGGUGUAUCAAUAGAGAUUAUGAUGCUACUACGACUUCACUUGAGGGGCAUCUAAAAAGAGUUGCAAUCAACGUAGCUCGCACAUUUCAAUUCUUCUAUCAACACGGGGAUGGGUACGGAGAGGAUCAUGGAGAAACCAAGAAUCAACUCAUGUCGCUGUUGAUGAACCCUAUUGUAGUGUAGGAAUGAACCGAAGGAUGUCGUUCAAAUAUAUAUGUUGGACAACAUGGUCUCUUACAUACAGUGUGUGUCGAGCUCAUUCUCCAGAAGAAGCUCCCGAGAGUCUGAUGAUGUGUCUUCUGAUUGAACGAUAACAUUUGGGUGAAUGAAAUUGCAGUUGAAAAUUUUCGUGCUGUUGA